AUGGGCUCUCUAUCUGACAAAACUUCACAAUCACCAUACAGCACUCGCAGGCGUGACAUGGCUCCCACCAUCGAAUCCUCCCUGGAGACGCAGGGCCUCGCAAACGAACAAACGGAACUUUUGGACCUCAUCGACAAGCUGCAGUUUGCUCAGCUGGACAAUGUCAAACUUCCUCAGAUUGUCGUAGUCGGCGACCAGUCGGCUGGCAAGAGCUCAGUUCUGGAAGCCCUCUCUGGCACGCCGUUUCCACGAGAUGCCGGCGCCUGCACGAGAUUCGCCACCGAAAUCCGGCUCCGGAGAGCCAAGGAGACAAGACUCAAAGUCUCCAUCAUCCCCGACAAGACGCGCUCCUACAACGAGCAGACCAAGCUGCUCCAGUAUGGCGGUGACGUCACGGGCGACAUGCCCUUUGAGACGCUCAUGCGCGAGGCAACAGAGCUCAUCGCGCCAAAGAAUAUUCCCGGUCGGUUCGCUGCGAGAGAUAUUCUCGUCGUGGAGAAGACGGGCCCCGAAAUGCCCCUUCUCACGCUCGUCGACUUGCCCGGCCUGGUCCGCGUCGCCAACCGCGAUCAGUCCGAGGCCGAUAUCGCGACCAUCGAGCAUCUCUCCGACCGGUACAUGAAGAGCUCCCGAACGAUUAUUCUUGCCGUCAUCGGCGGCAACAACGACUACGUCCAGGCGCCGAUCCUGACCAAGGCUCGGCAGUUCGACCCUAGCGGAUCCAGAACCAUCGGUGUUUUGACCAAGCCGGACAUGACCGAGGGCAUCGGCCUGGAAAACAAGUUCGUGGACCUUGUCAUGAACAAGGACGACGAGAACCACUUUAAGCUGGGCUGGUAUGUUUUGCUGAACCCCGGCCCUGGCGAGCAGUGGACCACGGCCGCGGAUCGCAACCGUCGCGAGGCUGAAUUCUUCACCCGUGGCAAAUGGGCCAACCUGCCACCGCAGAUGUGGGGAGUUGCUGCAUUGCGGCAGAAGCUCAGCAGUCAGCUCCAGCGUCAUAUCGGAAAGCACGUCAAGAGCCUCCGUCGCCAGAUCCAGCAAGCCCUGGAGCGCUGCGAGGGCCAGCUCAAGGAGAUGGGUGAAGGCAAGGACACUGUCGAGGAGAUGCGGUUCGAGAUGGGCGAGCUUUUUGCUGCCUCCAACAACCUGGUCACACCCGCUGUCAACGGCAACUACAAGAAUCCAUUUGGCGAGCGCUUCUUUGCCCGGCAGUCCAGCCCCAAGGGCACGCCAUCCCAGAAGCUCCGUGCUCGCGUCCGCGAAGAGAGCGAACGCUUCUCGCGCCUGUUCCGACAACAGGGCCGGAAAGUAAACUUCUCCGAGCCUUCUGCGGCCGACCUCCCUGCUGCCGGCACCGUGGGUGACCAAAGCAAGAAGGACUUCGCGCAGUACGAGGUCGAGCCUCUUCUGCGCCAGAUUCGCGGUAACGAGCUGCCCCUCGACUCUAACCCGCGGGCCCCCUACAUCCUCUUCCAAGACUACUCCCGCAAAUGGCCCGUGCUGGCCCAGGAGUACAAGGACAACCUGAGCGUCAUCUGCAACGAGUUUCUCGCCGACGUCAUCAGUCACAUCUGGCCGACACGUAUGCGCGACCCGCUGCGCUACCACUUCCUUGAAACCAAGAUGCGGGAGCUCGUAGAAAAUGCCGACAAGGAGCUGACGCGGCUGACGGACGAUAUGGAGCUGGAGAUCCAGCCAUACGACCCAGAGUAUGAGGAGCGGCUGCGCAAAUGGCGCGCCGAGGCGACCGAGAACGGCGGCACGUAUACCGAGGCGGAGGAGGUUUUGGAGAAGAUGCUCAUCUACUACGACCUGACGGCACGCAUCUUCACUCGCAACGUCAUUACACAGGUCGUCGAGCGCCACCUGCUGCUCGGCAUGCUGCGUCUCUUCAACCCCGUCGAGAUUCUGCGCAUGCCCAACUCGACCAUUGAGUCCAUCGCCGCGGAGAACAAGGAGACGCGCGACCGCCGCCUGACGCUCAAGGAGCAGAAGAAGGCGAUCGAGGAGGCUCGGAACAUCUGCGCCAGCCUGGCGAUGCGUAGCGACCUGCGCGCCUACGCCGAUGAGGCGGACGACGACGUCGACACGGACAAUGAUGAUGCCCCAUCUAGGCGCAACACCAUGCAGAGACAGCAGCGGCCGACCAGUUCACAAGCGCCAGCCCCGCGCCGAUCUGCAGAGGCGAGCCGACAGAGCUACCAGGAAGAGCGGCCCCGGCAAAGUGCGGACACACCGCGCGCCGCUCGCCCCCAACAGCCAUCUCAGCAGCCUUCGGCGCCGAUCGCGCAUAUAUCCCCGGUGCAGCCGACCAUCUACCACCAGGCCGAACAGCCGCGCGAGUGGGACUUGCCGUACUACACCACGGCGUCGGCGACGACACAGCAGCAGCCGCCCCAUGUGCCGCCACCGCCACCACCGCGCCCGCAAAAGCUGGGCCACGAGGAGACGAACGGCUACUACGAGACGGCUCCGAUGCAGAAUGGAACUAGAGGGAGCAAGGAUGGUGCGCGUCAGCGACUUGCAGCGGUGAUGCGUGGGCAAUGA